CGUCCUUGUCGUCAACUUCAAGCGGGUGGUGAAUGAUGACUCAUCAAUCCAUCCCCCCAAUACCAAACAAAGCAGCCGUGAUGAAGGUGUGCGUUGUGGUGACUGGCGCGUCACGUGGGUUUGGGCGUGCAGUGGCGGAAACGCUGUGUGAAGGCUGGCACACCGCAGGGCAUGCUGUGGACGCCAUCAUUACAGCUCGAUCCACAGCUUCCUUGAAAAGCGUACAGGAGCAACUGAAGCCACACACAACGCGUGUGGUGGCGCUUGGUGGUGAUUUGGGAAACGCACAGGAUGUCAAGACUCUCACACAGCGCCUGCUCGAAGAGACAAGUGCGAGCGACUAUGACCGGUUGGUGGUGGUGAACAACGCCGGUACGCUCGGCGACAUCAGCAAGCACGUGGCAGACUACGACAGCCUGGACGAGAUGCACCAAUUCAUGAUGACCAACAUCACAUCCGAGUUCUUCAUCACGUCCUCGUUCAUGAAGGCGGCGAAGGCGUCCAACAAGCACGUGCGCAUUGUGAACGUGUCUUCGCUGCUGGCGGUGCAGGCGCACGGUGGCUUUGCCCUCUACUGCGCAUCCCGUGCAGCCCGCGAUAUGUACACCGCCGUCGCCGCCAAAGAGGCUGCUGGCACGGGCACGGUGCUGCUGUCGUAUGCGCCGGGACCGCUGGAUACGGAUAUGCAGGCCGACAUUCGCGAACGACUGGCGAAUGACGAGCUCCGAGCCGCGUUUGCAGACAUGAAGGCAAAGGGCACGCUGGUGACGCCUGCGAGCUCUGCGUCGAAGUUGUUUGAGCUGUUGGAGAGCGACGACUACGAGAGCGGCGCACACAUCGACUACUACGACAAAGAGUACCCCAAGCGGACGUGAGGCAGCGGCAACGCACCUCCCCUCAGUGCUUCUGUUGUCGUCGUGUUCCAGUCAUGUCAUUCGAUUCACAUCAGUACACUCGAUUGAAUACACGCGUGCUGUUUAAUUCUGAACAACGACCAAUACAACGUGACAACAACCAGC